AUACCGACUUCUCGUGAAGGCAGAAUAAGUCUUACUAUGGCAUCGUAUCGUAAUAACCUAAAACAAUCUAUCUACAGUCUCGCGAAAGCGUACAAUAUACCAAAGUCAACACUUCAGACGUUUCUCCACGGUAUCCAGCCACGAUCAGAGAUAGCCUCUGCCAACCAAAAGCUACUACCUAUUGAAGAGCAGUCUCUUGUCAGA